AUGGAGAACACUGGGCGAGGUGGUGACUUCGGGAUGAUCACGGCCAAUCUCGAGUCCGAGAACCCGGUUGCUAAUGUCGAUGCCACGAAUCGUGCCUCAGCGUUGAUUGCUAAAGGUAAAUUCCCUGAACCGCAACUUCUGUGCCACCUAAUCUCUGGUCUUGCUUCCAAUCUGGAGAAGCCUGACCAUGAAUCUGCCGUCAAGAGGAAUUUUUACUUAACUCUAAAGGCAAUAAGGGAGGCCAUCAUCAGCAACCACAUGAACAUGGACUCCUCAACUCGCGAUAAGGCUCUCCAUGCCAUCUGGUGUUGUUCUAUGGAUGAAGGCCUUCGUUGUCUUCAAGAUCAUGCAAGUAUGGUGAGGAUGUGGACAGUUCGGGGUCAACUGGCUGCCGUCAAAAUGAUAUGUGGCGUCUCUCGUCUCUCACCGGCAAACAUCAAUAACACAAGGCUAAACCGGAUUAGUAUGACCACGGUCGAGGUCGAUCACCCGAGGUUUGAUGACCUGGCCGUGGAUGUACUAGGGUGUUUAGCAAAUUGCAAACUUGUUUUUUCGAAAGAAGGUUCUGAACCUGGUGGCGGGCCUCCUCACCCCAACGAAUGUCUGCGAUGUGCUACGGAUCCUGAAUAUAUCCUGGAAUUCACACUAGAUCCCAAAUAUGUUGUGUUCACUGAUUGUAUUCGCUACAUCAUGGAUAUCGUGAACAACAACCCCUCGUUGCGAGCCCAACUUCUGAAAGGUCUUCUGAGGACGCUCCGCCAUGUCAAGUCACCACUGGUAUGCGCUGCUGCUGUCUGGAUCAUCUCGGUCUUCUCUGAAUCACUGGUAGAGGCCAAUGAUGCCAUUGCUGCACUUUCAUGCCUCUUUAAGGACCUAUUGGAUCCGCGUAAAAUUGAGAAACAGAUACUUGGAAGUGAAAUGGAGGAUGAAUACAUACUUCCUACUGAAUAUUAUGGUGUCACUGCGCGUGGUGCACAGGGAGAGCGCCAGCAGCCAUGGCUGGUGGAGAUGGAGGAACUGUUAUUUGUGCGCAUAGGGCUCACACGACAAGCAGAUGGGAGCUAUGACAUUGCUUCGAGUUCCAAGAGCAGUGCUAGUUCUGAAUAUGGGUGUCCUCAUAAGCCGUCAUUGGAGCUUACAGACAAUCUAGCGUUCCUUGUGCAUUCUGGAGAUGCCCUCUUGGCAGAUUUCGUGGAAAACAUGCUGUCCGAGCUUGUAGUGAAGGCCGAAAGUUGCAAUGAGAUCAUUUGA